AUGACUAGGUCUACGAAUAAGGACCACGACUUAAGGCCGGAGAAUCCUUUCCGCAUCGGUAGAGUGGCUCCUCCUGCAGCUACCCAGUCCUAUUUGGCGUCUACCUACGAGCCUCUCAGCAGCUCCAAAGAGACAUCCCUGCACACCUUCCUGGUCGCUGAGGAACCCAAGGAACAGAUCAAUUUAUAUAAAGGCUACGGGAAUGUCCACUGGUAUGUCGACAACACAAAGCAAGCCGCUGCAUAUUAA